AUGGUUCUGACGACCUUGGCGCUCGUAAACUCACUCGCUUAUCUUAUCACCUCUAAUGCACGACCUCUCGAGCGACGCAUAACACUAUCACCCUCCUCUAAUGAACCCAAUUGGAAGUCGUAUGGAUGCGUGACAGACAAUAUUGCGGCACGCACGCUUACGGGCGCAACACUUAUUUCCGACAUUCUGACCACGGGUGCAUGCCAAUCGUUUUGCUUUGGUAAAGGAUACAAAUAUGCUGGUACAGAAUGGAGCAAGGAAUGCUAUUGCGACAACGAAUUUCGUAACGGGGGUGUCCCAGCGGAAACUGGCUGCGAUAUGCCAUGCUCCGGAGACUCAAACGAAACGUGUGGGGGUGGCAACCGUCUCAGUGUCUACGAGAACACUGGCUCCCUGUCCCCCCCAGAAACAACCUAUCCUGGCUGGAGCUCCCAAGGCUGCUACACCGACUCGGUCGCCAACCGUGCACUACCGAACCAGGUCUACGUGGAAGGUGACAUGAGCGUGGACAAGUGCACGUCCAAAUGCUUCAGCCUGGGCUACCAUCUCGCUGGUGUCGAAUUCGGCCGCGAAUGCUUCUGCGCGGAUAGCAUCGGUUCUUCUGGUACUCCAGCUACCAUUGGAUGUGAUAUACCGUGUACAGGCGCCGGAAACGAGAUCUGCGGUGGCGGAGACCGCUUGAACAUUUACAAGUAUACUGGCGCAUCUGUUCUUCCCUCGACAGGCUUUUGGGCUCUUGAGGGUGAAACUGGAUGCUAUACGGAUGUCGUCGCCAAUCGCGCUCUCGGUUUGCGCGUCUAUGUCGACGGACCGAUGACUGUAUUCAAAUGUACUGAAAAGUGCUUCUCUCUGCAUUAUGGUUACGCAGGGGUGGAAUAUGCCGACGAAUGCUACUGCUCCCACUCGAUUGGCUCAUCUGGCCAGCCGGCUGAGGACGGAUGCACCAUGCCCUGCUCUGGAGACAUGUCUACCAUUUGUGGUGGUCCCGACAGAAUUACCGUCUACAAAUAUCGAGGCAAAGAAUUCCCAGCAGGUGCAACUGUUCUUUCCUCGUACAAGGAUUUCACGAGUCAAGGCUGCUACGCCGACUCUGUCCAAGCGCGUAUCAUGACUGGAGUCGCGGCCAACGAAGAAAUGACGGUGGAAACGUGCAUCGACACCUGCAUUGCAGCUGGCUAUGAAGUGGCUGGAGUCGAAUACGGAACAGAGUGCUAUUGUUCUGCGACUUUGCCUGCAGAGAGCAACAAAGCGACAGACAACUGUAUCAUGCCGUGCGCCGGAGAUUCGACUCACUUGUGCGGUGGAGGGAAUCGACUCAACGUAUACCGAUAUCAAGUCCCGACAACGACGACGACAACGUCAGCUUCUAGUACCGAGACGAGCACCUCGUCGUCGACGCCUAGCAUUUCUUCUUCUUGGAGAUAUGCUGGUUGCGUAAACCCACAGCAGAAUAGUGCCAUCUUGUCAAGCCAACGCAUGGACAGUAGUUUUAGGUCUGAUACCAUGACCAUGACGGCAUGUCGUAAUCAUUGCGGUUCUAUUGGCUAUGAAGUUUCGGCGGCACAUGGAGAUGCUUGCUGGUGUUUUGAACAUCAAAUGACUGGAUUUUCGUUUUCCGAUAUGUGUGAUGGCGUUUGUCCGGGUGAUGACUCUGAGCUAUGUGGAGGCAGUUCCACUCUGGCAAGUUAUCUGAUUGAUUUGCUCGCUCCUACUGAUCUCUCGUCGUAUGCAGCUCUCCAUUUGGGUCAUCGAUCCUGCGACGCAGAGUACGAGUACAAGCGCAGGGACAUCCACUGGAUCCAGCACAGAAUCUACGGGACAGCUGCGGCGUCUGUUUAUUUCCGCACCUCUGGCAAUGGCGGGACGACGACGACGACCUCUAGCGCCCCAGUUGUGACCGAGGAAUGA